CGAAAGAUCCACCGAAGAUUUUUCUCCUCACUCUCCUCGACCUCACAGCUCUCCUCUGCCAGCAGCGCAGAUUUACAGACACAAGCUAGCACACAGCAAGCUCAGAGCACCUCGCUGGUCUAAGUGAUCCUUCUCAAGGAUCAUUUGGAUGGCCUUCUUCCUCCUCCUCCUGUGCAUCCUCAUUUCUGCGGCCAUCGUGUCCUACGCCCACCACGUAAUCCGGCGGCAGCGCCAGGGCUGCGCUCAUGGUCAUGGUCGCCAUGAGCAAGCCGCCCUCAAGCUGCCCCCUGGCUCCAUGGGCCUGCCUUACAUCGGCGAGACCCUCCAGCUCUACUCCCAGGACCCCAGCGUCUUCCUCUCCUCCAAGCAGAAGCGGUACGGCGAGAUCUUCAAGACGCACCUCCUCGGCUGCCCGUGCGUGAUGCUGGCGAGCCCGGAGGCGGCGCGGUUCGUGCUGGUGUCGCGGGCGCACCUCUUCAAGCCGACGUACCCGCGGAGCAAGGAGCGCCUCAUCGGCCCGUCGGCGCUCUUCUUCCACCAGGGCGACUACCACCUCCGCCUCCGCAGGCUCGUCCAGGGCCCGCUCGGCCCCGAGGCCCUGCGCAAGCUCGUGCCGGACAUCGAGGCCGCCGUGCGGGCCACCCUCGCGGCCUGGGCGGACGGCGACGCCGCCAGCACCUUCCACGCCAUGAAGAGGCUCUCGUUCGACGUCGGCAUCGUGACGAUCUUCGGCGGGCGGCUGGACGAGCGGCGGAAGGAGGAGCUCCGGCGGAACUACGCCGUCGUGGAGAAAGGCUACAACUCCUUCCCCAACAGCUUCCCCGGGACGCUAUACUACAAGGCGAUCCAGGCGAGGCGGCGGCUGAACGGCGUGCUGAGCGACAUCCUGCACGAGCGGCGGGAGCGUGGCGAGCCCGGCGACGACCUGCUCGGCUGCCUCAUGCGGUCGCGGGCCGGCGGCGACGACGACGGCGACGAGGGCGCGCUGCUCACGGACGAGCAGGUCGCCGACAACGUCAUCGGCGUGCUGUUCGCGGCGCAGGACACGACGGCCAGCGUGCUCACCUGGAUCGUCAAGUACCUCCACGACCGCCCGAAGCUGCUGGAGGCCGUCCGGGCGGAGCACGCGGCGAUCCACGAGGCCAACGACGGCGGGAGGCGGCCGUUGACAUGGGCGCAGACGAGGAGCAUGACGCUGACGCACAGGGUGAUUUUGGAGAGCCUGAGGAUGGCGAGCAUCAUCUCCUUCACGUUCCGGGAGGCCGUGGCCGACGUGGAGUACAAAGGGUUUCUUAUCCCCAAGGGGUGGAAGGUGAUGCCGCUCUUCAGGAACAUCCAUCACAGCCCGGACUACUUCCAGGAUCCACAGAAGUUCGACCCUUCGAGAUUCAAGGUGGCGCCGCGGCCGAGCACCUUCACGCCGUUCGGGAGCGGGGUGCACGCGUGCCCCGGGAACGAGCUGGCCAAGCUCGAGAUGCUGGUGCUCAUCCACCACCUGGUCACCGGCUACAGGUGGGAGGUUGUUGGAUCGAGCGACGACGUCGAGUACAGCCCAUUCCCUGUUCCCCGCCAUGGCCUGCUCGCCAGGUUACGGCGAGAUGACAGCGUCUGCGUGGGUAGGAAGGGGUGCCCGACUGAGGACAACUACGACGACGACGACGAAGUGAUAGUGUGAUUAGUCAACGUAGAUAGCUAGAGGGCUCUUUUCUCCCUUUUUGUUGUUGUUGCUGUGGCAUUCUUCUCUAUGAAAAUCAUUAGAGGAGAAACAACAGCACGACUUUUUAGGAUGACGAUGAUCAUGUACCGUAGUGCUUAUGUUGUCAAUGAUGUAUUGUCAUUGAUAGGCACAUAAAAUGACGCUUCCUUUUUCCGGAAUAUUG